CGGGCACUCGAGUCACUGUGAUUCGCUUUGACUGGCACCGGUCGGUCGGGCGAAUAAAGGCACUGGGCACGAGGCGUUGGAUGCGCCCAACUGGCGGAAGGCCAGAAUGCCUCUAGCAUGUGGAGUGUGCACUAAACUAAUCGGUUGAUGGUGAAUGUGGCGGUAACGUGAAACUUUGUUCGAAAGUAAAUUUGGUGUUAGCGGAUAUGUUGUAGGUUUUUUGUGUAUUCCCUUUGUGGCAUAAAAUGUUAAGGCAAUGGUCAUGGGGCAGUAGCUACUUAAUUAGUUUAGUCUCCAGAGUACAGUUUAUGCUCGGUAACAUCUGCAAGGGAAGAAGAGUGCAACGUUCUGACUAUCACAAGUGUUUUACGUUUUUAUGCCUCCGCUUGUGAAACAAUGCUAACCGACUAACCACAAUACAGGUGUUUUGCAAAUUGGUAACGCGCUUCGUAGUAUUGUGUAGUUCCACAGCGACUCUCCACACAAACACAACGUUAUUUAAUGUCGUGUGGGCCUUUAACGCAACAUUCUUGGCUAAAUAUACAUACGAUAAUCUUCGCACGACCCAGCUGGUAGAUCGACUUUCCAUUUCGCAGUAAGCAAGUUUAGCAGCUGGAACCGGUUUUUAAGCAAUGCAACCUGGUCUUGUCGUAUAGCAGCAUACAUUACCAUCGGUGUAUUUUUAUAGCCGCAGUUACGUUCGGACUCUUGGUGUAUAAGGCUGUUGUAAAAAACGGAACGGAAGCUACCAACAUGAAGCUGUACGCCGUGUCCGACGGUCCACCAUCUUUGGCGGUCCGUAUGUGCCUGCAGGUUCUUAACAUACCCUACGAGCACAUCAGUGUUGAUUAUGGAAAAGCGGAACAUUUAACGGACGCCUACGAAAAGAUGAAUCCCCAGCGGGAAAUUCCGGUGCUGGACGACGAGGGAUUCUUCCUGAGCGAAAGUAACGCCAUUUUGCAAUACUUGUGCGACAAGUAUGCACCGGCCAGUGAGCUUUACCCACGGGACGCAAAGGAACGGGCGGUAGUUAACCAUCGGCUGUGCUUUAACUUGGCGUUCCUGUACCCGCAGAUAUCUGCCUACGUAAUGGCACCUAUUUUCUUUGACUACCAACGUACCGAGAUGAACCUAAAGAAGUUGAACAUUGCCCUUGCCGCGUUUCAAACGUACCUUCAGCGUGCCGGUACUAAGUACGCCGCUGGCAACGGGCUAACGAUUGCUGACUUUCCACUUGUCACCUCCAUAAUGUGCCUCGAAGCGAUUGCUUUCGAUUUCCGUGUCAGCUACCCAACCGUCUAUGAGUGGUACGCCGGGUUUAAGCAGGCGCAUCCCGAGCUGUGGGCGAUCGCCUCAAAGGGCAUGGAGGAAAUAGCGGAGUUUGAGAAGAAUCCGCCCGAUUUGACGGGCAUGGUGCAUCCAAUCCAUCCAAUCAAGCAGGUUGCUAAAAAGUGACAUUUGGCACACCACUUCGUUCGAAAAUAAACGACUAAACA